AUGUCAGCAGCCAAACCCUUAGCGGAAAAGAAGAACCUACUUCUCUGUUUCGACGCAUUUGGCACACUCUUUACUCCAUCUAAACCCAUUCCAGUCGCCUACGCACAAGCCGCAGCUCGCCACGGCAUCAAUGUAGGCAACACCGAAAACCCCAAGGAAAUAGCUUCAAGCUUCAAGCAAGCUUUCAAGAAAGCAUCUCAAGAAAACCCAAACUAUGGCAAGGCAACAGGAAUGGGUGCAGAGAAGUGGUGGGCAAACGUCAUAGAAGACACCUUCACACCCUUCCUCAGCAAAGACCAAACCUUCCCACCUGCCCUUACCCAGGAACUCAUACGCACGUACUCCUCUGGUUUAGGUUACAAGCUGUACCCAGACGUAAAGCCCUUUUUCAACAUGCUGCACUAUGCAAGAAAUAUUCCAAGGCACCACUCCCUUCCAGGCAUAUGGCCCUGGGACAGGACCAUCGUGGGGAUAAUAACGAAUUCUGAUAACCGCGUCCCCGAAGUGUUGACUUCAUUGCGGUUCAAAAUGAGCUCCCUUCGGUACGGUCAUGAUGCUGAUCAGAAGACAAGAAAAAAGCGUUCUAGAAGGGGGCAGGACCAAGACGUAGAUUUCACCGUGCUAUCCUACGAUGUUGGCUUCGAGAAACCCGAUCGACGCAUCUUCGCUGCUGCGGAAGAGUUGUUAGCUUCGACACUGGGUGCCUCAGAGUCCAGCUCUGAUAGUCCGGCAUCAACGUUCGAGAAGUUAUACGUAGGCGAUGACUUGACGAAGGAUGCUUUUGGCGCCGAGGAUUCAGGGUGGUCUAGUGUGUUAGUGCAGCGAGACGGGAUAGAUUGUCAGGGUUACGGAUUAAAGGUGUCAGAAGAACAAGUUGAGGGAGAAGGAGAAGAUGGAAAGAAGAGGAGAGUGACGAAAGUGGGGAGUUUAGCAGAUUUGUGUGCAUGGAGACCGGGGAAGGAGCAUGAGGCAUUUCCGGUUCGGUAUAUAUUUACGAAACGUGAUUGA